AUGUUCAUUGCCAAUGCCAAAGACAGCAAGUCGAUCGAGUUGAUGCUACAAGAUGGCUUGUUAAAGUGCUCGCACAGCACCUGCUUCAACUUCUUUAAAACGGAGGCUGGCAGGCAGGCACACGAGCAAAGGAAAGCCUCACACAAUCAAUGUACCAAAGGACACAACUGUCGAGGAGGUAUUCGAUGCGUUGCAGGUGAUGAUAAUGAUGAUGAUUAUGGAGAUAGCCAUAACGAAGAUGAAGAGGAUCAAGAAGAAGACGAUGACGAUGACGAUGACGAUGAUGAUGAUGAUGAUGACUACGACAAUGACAUUGACAUAACUCAAACAAUCUCAUUCAUCUGUCAACACAAGAGAUGCUCCAAAGAAUACCCGAGUUCUGACAAAGUACGACUACACUGUGAGGUUGCGCAUAAAUGUACCGCAACAUGUGCUACAUGCCCCAACGAGCUCCAAUACCGAAUAACACAGAUAUCUGUGUCUCCAGACGAUACGCCAUCAAUCGAGAUGUUGUUGGCAAAUGGACUGAUCAAAUGUCCCUACGCAUCAUGUUAUCUUUUCUUCAGGACGAGGACAGUUGCAAGCAAACACUUUAAGCGACAUCACUUGCUGGAGAAUGGCACCAUUGUCAACGUCAGCAGCAGCAACAACAACAACAACAACACGCAUAAUUCAAUCAACCUAAAGCGCAAAGCAAUCUCCUUGAAUGAGUCAUUCGAUGUCGACGGUGACGAGGAAGAUCAGUAUGCAUUUGAGAAGGAAGAAGACGGAGACCAUCACGAUGUCGAUCCCAAUGACUUUGGCAACAACAACUGCACCAACAAAAACAUCAACAUAGACGUCCACAACGACUUGACGAUCCAAGGUCACGUAUAUUGCAAACAUGACAAUUGCACCACUGGGCAGUUACAAAAGAAUGAGGUGUACAGACAUUGCAUGACAAUGCAUGGAUGCCUUGAUACUUACGCAACCUGUCCAAACAUACGGGGAUUCCGGUUCAGGUUCGAGGCGUCGACAGAAGACACGGAGUCAAUCAAUAAGUUGCUUGCCGAUGGACUGGUCAAAUGUCUGCACACAACAUGCACCAAGUGGUUCAAGACCAAGUUCGCAAUGCUUAAUCACCAGAGAAUCACACACAUAUGCCCCGACGAACAAUCCUGCAAUGGAUGUCUUCGGCUAGCCGGAGAAAGUGUGCCGCAGCCUCCACCUUCUCCUACCAUCUCCAACACCAUCAUCAACAACAAUCCCAACUACGGUCUCCUAAGUUGUCUACACCAAGACUGCUCCAAAUCAGAUAUUAAUCUCCGAAGCCUGGGCCAUCAUUGUAAACAGAAACAUGAAUGUAGUGGAAGGUAUGCUGCCUGUCCAAACUACCAGACCUACGGUGUUUAUGGACGGAGAGCUGACGUGGACGAUACUGAAUCCAUUGCACCUUCGAAAGAAUCACCAAUUAACUGA